CUGAUCAUUGUUUUGAUAGCACUGUUGAUAGAUAGUUGAUAGUUUUGAUUGCAGUUGUAAUUGAUAUAAUGAUAGUAAUAAGUGGUACAAUUAAUUAUAGAAAUUGACCCUCUAUUAUUUAAUAAAACUGUAAUGGGAUGGAGACUUUAUGCAGGUUAUGUGCUCUUCCUCAAGAAGAUUUAAUAACUGUUUUGGAAGAAAUGGAUACUCGUUCAAAAAUAUUGCAUUUAUUACAAGUAAAUAUUAAUUCAGAAGAUCAUCUUCCAGUUGCAGUUUGUUGCGCGUGUCGAAAUAAUGUUUUGAAUAUGUGGGAGUUUCAUCAACAAGUACAACAUGCUCAACAAUUUCUAAAUGAACAUUUAAACAAACAGGAAACCUUUGAUAAAAAGAAUGCCCCGUGUUCAAAAACCGUUUCUAAACAAGAUUUAUACCCACCAACAUCAGUAAAUAGUACAGUAAUAGUUAAUGAAGCAAUCACCAACAUAAAUUCACAAACUGUAUUUAAUAAUACAAUAUCUACUAUCAAAAUUUCAAAGACAAAUAAGGGCCGUAAAGUCAUUCCAAAAAAAAAGAAUAAUCGCAAAGAUCUUUUCAGUGUCGACAUUCUAGAUGUGAGAGAAGCAGAAUGGCAUGAAGAUGGGAGUGUUACUUUUCCAAAUGGAACAGUGGAUGGUUGGGAUGCUUAUCCAUGGAGUUGUAGCGAAUGUGACGAACAAAUGCCAAAUUCUUACGAAUUAAAGCAACAUUUUUUAUCUCAUCAUAGUCGACCGGUACAUUAUCGGUGCGUCGAUUGUCCCAAAAUAUAUACCAAGCUGUCUCCAUUUGCGGCACAUGUACGCGCCCAUCGCCAAAGCCUUCGUUUCUGUUGUGAAACAUGUAUGAAGUGGUUUGGAACAACCGCAGCCUUAGAUCAACAUCGAAACGCAGCACAUUGUGAUGGUCGUCCUCUAAGUUGUACGACUUGCGGUAAACGUUUUCGCGUGCAGUCUUCACUUGCGACACAUUUGCGUUCGCAUUUGCCUGCAGAAUUAAAAAAUCGCCAUCAGUGUGAUCAGUGUCCCAAAAAGUUCGGGACAAGGCCCAACCUUCUCGCUCAUAGACGAAUACAUACAGGCGUGCGGGAUUAUACAUGCGAUCAAUGCGGUAAAAGUUUCGUUCAAAAGGGUAAUUUGGACAAUCACAUGCUUACACAUUCAGCGGUCAGGCCCUUUUCUUGCAUCAUUUGCGGAAAGACGUUCAAGACUUCUGUAAGAUUAAAAAAGCAUUCUUUGGUUCACUCUGGGGCAAAACCGUAUCAGUGUGAAGAAUGCGGUCGCCAGUUUAGGGAAAAAGGAACCUUACGAGAGCAUUUACGAAUACAUACCGGUGCCAUGCCUUAUUCCUGUGAAUUUUGCGGGAAAGCGUUUAGAUUUAAAGGCAUUUUAACGACUCAUAGGCGUCAGCAUACUGGGGAACGUCCCUAUUCUUGUUUAGAGUGUCAGCACCAUUUCACCAAUUGGCCCAAUUAUAAUAAACAUAUGAAAAGACGGCAUGGCAUUAAUACAAGUGUAACUGUUCGUAAGCCCCAAAAUAUACCCCCUACUGGGAUGCCCCAAAAGAAUCCUCCUGGGACCGUAUUGGCAUCUCCCCACUUUUCUACUGCUGAACCACCUCAAACAAAUUUAGCAGAAGUUGCUGCAGUCCAACAGUUUUAUCCAACUGCAGUAUUGAAUAUUUACAAUUUACCCGAAGAAAUGCUUCAGCAACGUAUUUAAAUAUUAGUUAAUUAUGAAAUUUAAAUAUUUACAACAAUUUUAUUUAUGAAAAUAAUGUAUUACAAAAUAUUCCUUUGAUCAGUUUAUUGGAGAUCUGAAAUUUUCAGAAUUGUAUUAAUUUGAUGGUACUUGUUUAUCCCAAAAAUGAUUAGUAUAAACUUU